AUGCUUCUUACCACAUCCACCAUCCACCAUCCUCUAAGCCUCGUCUGUCCAGGACGGCCAUUGGAAAUGGUGGAGCCGGCACUGCAAGAGGAGGCUCUGGACCCGUUAGCUGCAGUGCUACCUCCUCAAGAAAGCGGGUCGGAUAUGAACAAGGAUGAUAGCAACUAUGAAGGAACACUGGCGCCUCACUCGAUUCUCCAGCACGAAGCAAGUUGCGGCGGCUCAGAGGAAACCCUGACCAGACAAUAUAGUAUUGGUGCUGAACCGCCGGGUACAUCUGCGGACGGAGAUAUGGAACAGGCAGGCCACAUGCUCGCAGACUAA